GACAGACAGACAGACAGGCAGACCGACAGCCAUCAUCCAUCCCUCCACCCGCCCGCCUCGCCUCGCCCAUUGGCGGAGAAGGAAGGAAGGGAGGAAGGAAGACCCGGGCGCCGGAGGCCAUGGCCGAAGCCUUCGCGGGCACCUGGAACCUGCUGGACAGCAACGGGUUCGACGACUACAUGAAAGCCAUCGGCGUGGGCUUUGCCACGAGGCAGAUUGCGAACCUGACCAAGCCUACGACCAUCAUUGAGGUCGCGGGGGACAAGGUCACCGUGAAAACCCAGAGCACCUUCAAGAGCACCGAGAUCAGCUUCCAACUGGGAGAGGAAUUUGACGAAACGACAGCCGACGACAGGCACGUCAAGUCUCUUGUGACGUUAGAUGGUGGAAGACUUGUUCACGUGCAGAAAUGGGAAGAAAAGGAGACCUCGCUCAUUCGAGAACUGAAAGACGAGAAACUCAUUUUGACGCUGACGAUGGGCAACGUGAUCUGCACUCGUACCUAUCAAAAAGCUGUAUAGAUUUUUAAUGCUCGUCAUCCAAUGACGAAUUCGUUGCCAAAUCGCCUGUAUGAUUUCCUCCGUGUUUUUGUAUCUCGAUUGCACCUUUUUUGAAUCCAUCUGUUGCCAAGGUCUUUCCAGCUGCUUCUUAUCCUUGCAACCCAAUUUUAUUUUCUACUUUUAAACUAUUGACAAGUGGGAAAACAAUGUGGAGUGUAAUAAACGUAAGCUGUGGUUA